AUGGCAUGUGAAGAAAAAUUUAAACAGUUGUUGUAUUCCGAGGAGACUUCCGAUACUGAAAUCGAGAGAGAAGUAGAUGAGUCGGAAACUUACAUUGAUCGCUGGAGAUCUUUAAAACAAAAAAAAAUGAAUCCGAUAUCUGAGUCUAAAGACAAAGAAUCGCUUGAAGUUGAUAAGAGAACUGAUAGUAGUUCUGAAAUGGAUCAAGCUCUUUCCAACUUGUCCACCAAUCCAAACGUAGUCCUGCAGACAUUCAAAGUUGUAAUUAGAGGCAACGGGAAAAAACGUGUAGCAAGAGCUAUUAUCGAUACUGGUUCACAGCGGUCAUAUUUACUACGAGCUACAGCUGAAGAAAUGAGCUAUGAGCCUACCAGCUGUGAAUAUUUGCAGCACUCCCUAUUUGGUGGCAAGCAUACUGGGGAGUUAGCUGCUUAUAAUGUAAAUAUUGUGGAUAAUUGUGAAGAUCCUAUUGAAAUCCUUAUCGGAGCUGAUGUAGCUGGGAAGCUCAUGACAGGAGGUUAUCGUGAAAUGUCUUGUGGACUCGUAGCGAUUGAAACAAAACUUGGGUGGUCUGUAAUGGGACGAAUAACUGAUACUGCGAGAAGUGAAUGUUCAUCUUUAUUAGUUAAGUCCAUGUUAUCUACAGCAGAGACAAUAACAGACUUAUGGUCCUUGGAUACUCUUGGCAUAACUGACCCAUCUGUGAAGAAAAGCAAGAUCGAGUUACAAGAAGCUGCUCGAAUGCAUUUUCUAAAUACAGUUCAUUUGGUAGAUGAUCGUUUUGAAGUAGAUUUGCCUUGGUUGGAAGAUCAUCCACCAUUCCCAGAUUAUUUUGAUUUAGCAAAGGGAAGACUGAACAAAACUGUUAAACGUCUUAAAACUGAGUCUAAUUAUGAAGCUUAUGAGAAUGUUUUUAGGGAAUGGCUUGAGGAGGGAGUAAUUGAGGAAGUUGCCAAAAAUGAUCAGGCUUCAGUACAUUAUCUGCCUCAUCGAGCAGUUAUCAAGGAGAAUAGCACUACAAAAAUCAGGCCUGUCUUUGACGCUUCUUCCAAGGCAAAGGGAUUUCCUAGUCUUAAUGAUUUUCUUGAGAAGGGGCCGAAUCUAAUUGAGCAGAUUCCGAGUAUUUUAACCAGAUUUCGAAAAGAGAAGAUCGGUGUUAUUGCUGACAUCCGAAAAGCCUUUCUACAAAUAGGUGUUUCACCCACGGACAGGUUGAGGUUUUUGUGGAUUGGUAAUGAUGGUCAGCUGAAAGAGUACAGACAUUGCCGUGUAGUUUUUGGUGUAUCGAGUAGCCCUUUUCUUCUAAAUUCUACUAUUCAGCUUCAUUUACAAACUGGUUUGGAAAAAAUAGGAACUGGAGAAUCUUCGUAUCCAAAAGAUGUCAUUCAAAAACUUGCGCACAGUUUUUAUGUCGACAAUUGUGUUAGUUGCGUUAAAAAUGAAAAAAAACUACAUCGUUUUAUUAACGUUUUGACUGAGGUAAUGGCCGAGAAAAAAUUCGAGCUUAGAGGGUGGGAGUUCAGUGAUGUCAAUGCUGAUACUUCUGCCGAUACAAAUGUGCUCGGUCUGGUACGGAAUAAAAAAUCUGACACUCUACGAAUUAAUACUGCAAGUGUAAAAGAAUUGUGCUUUGAAAAGGUAACUAAGCGAUUAAUCUUAUCUACAGCUCAUAGAUUGUUCGAUCCUCUUGGUAUAUGUUGUCCUGUCAUCCUAAUUUCUAAAUUAUUGCUUCAAGAAACGUGGAAGCAGAAAAUAACAUGGGAUGAAGAAGUUGAUAAAAUUACAAAAAAUACAUUUUUAAAAUGGCUAAAAGAUAUUGAAUGUUUAGAGAAAAUCCGUUUUCCAAGAUAUUUUGGUUCAGAGAUUGCAAGUGGAAAUAUUUCAGUACAUAUUUUCUGUGAUGCUAGUAAGCAUGCUUAUGCUGUCGCUGCUUUCAUCCGAAUACAGACUUGUGAUUCAGUUAAAGUACAACUUAUACAAGCCAGGAGUAGAGUUUCACCAACAGGAAAGGAAGGGAUUACUAUCUCUAGACUUGAGUUACUUGCAGCUACUGUCUCAGCAAGACUUUCAACUUCUAUUUUGUUAGAGAUACAGAGUGAAGAAGUUUACUUCUGGACUGAUUCUUCGACUGUCUUGACAUGGAUUAUGAGAGAAGAAGCCUGGAAUGUCUUUGUCCAGAAUAGAGUGAAGGAAAUUAGAGCGUUAACAAAUAAAAGUUCUUGGAGACAUAUCCCUGGUUCCAUGAAUCCUGCUGAUCUCCCGAGUAGAGGUUGUUCAGCUCAAACUUUAUUGAAAUCUAACUGGUGGUUAGGAUCAAGUUGGCUUUACUUGCCUAAAGAGGAUUGA